UAUAACACAAACUACCUGCCGUCUUUUCAAAUUCCCUCGUUCUCGACGAAUCCGGAUUCAAAUGUGCUAUAAAACUGGUGCAGUUUAGUGUCAUUUUUAUUCAUUCGGUCACUGCCAUGCUACAGAUAAGGAUCAUCAUUGCUCCACUGCUUUCGGUAGCGGUUCUGACCCAACCGUUGCUAGCGGCACCUAUAUUCUGGUUUCUGCCUUGGAGUUUUCCAAACACGUUCACCACCAGCUCCACCACCUCCUCCUCCACGUCCGGGACGGCAUCCUCAUCGAGUGGAGCGUCCAACUCUUCAAACGUGUCGGUAGCAAUCGGAAACCGCGUCAACACUUCAACCGGCCUAGAUGAUUACGGUACGAACAUAACGAACGUACAGAUAAACGUCAACCGUAUGCGCAGAGCUAUCACCGAAAAUGAUUUGGCCAAGCUUGAACGUCGCUACGCCCGUCAGACGGCGAAUGAAUCGACAAUCACAAUCGGCGAACAUACGAUUCGACUACCGGCCAAUAUUUCCAAUCUCACCGUCAAUACGUAUCUCAUCAAUGGUAUCCCGGAUAGUAGUAUGAACCUACCAGACACUGGUAUGUCCAUAAAUACCGACGAAGCUUCAACACCCUUACUGACGGCGGUUAACAUUUUUAAGAACUUUUUAUCAUCCUUUUUCGGGAAACAAGUGCCACAAGGAUAAUGGAAGAAAGGCAUCAAACAAUCCAGCUUUAGAUUGAAAAGUUUCUUAUUUAAGUUGUUAGCAGGUGUACUUUACUAACGUUAUUCGCAAUAUACAUUCUAAUGCUGGCAAAGUUGAAAAAUGCGGUACCGACACUUCCCGCAACACACAGUGUGUGUUCCAACUUUAGUUCUGAUCUAUUUCCAAUCGUCGCAUGUUGUACGGUGUACGGGCAUGAGGGAAAACAGUACAGAAAAGUAGCAAUAAAGUAGAAGCACUUACAAAAGCCGGUCACCGUCAGGAACACGGGUGCAAGUGUGUUCAAAACAAACAUCGACCCAGGAAUAAGUGAAACGUGUGUUGACGUACAAUCCGCAUCGUUGCAGGGUUAGACGAAAAAGCAUCAGCAAAGUCCGCAACAUCUUCACGGUGAUGCGCUGCUAUAUUUAGGUGACACGAUACUCUUUUUUUUCCUCAUCUGUCGAAAAGAAGGAAGCGAAUGUGCGAUCGCGUACAACGAUCGUUCUCUAGCGAUCCGCCAACGGAGGAAAAAGAGAAUGUAGUCGAGGCGAGCACAUGCUAGUCUAGCUAGUGAUGCACUCGAACGAAAUCGAAACUUGUUUGCUUGUUCUAAAAUGUAAAAUAAUAUACAAAAAAGUACAUAUAUGAGCUAGCAUUAGCAGAACUAACCGACAGGUCGUAUAUAUUUAAAAUACAUUUCGCUAGACAGACGCUAAACGGUACGCCGAGCGACGUCAUGCAGAUAGCAGUGAUCAUUCCUUAUAUGGUAGCAGUCAACAAGAAGCGGUGCGCCUGGUGCGUCUCACAAACUAUCCAAAGCGGAAACCCGUCUGACAACCAUCAA